CAGGAACCCACCCAAAAUCACUCUCCGAGAUGGGGGUAGGGACAAGCACUGGCUGAGAAGCAGCUGGAAUCCUAGAGAGAGGAGGGGGGUCCCGAAAGUGCCAAGGGGAGCGUGGAGACCACGGGUGAGGUCAGAGAAAUUUGCAUUCGCAAAGCCCUCCGGUACAUUUCAAAAGAUCCCUACUUCUUAACCGCCCCUCCACCGUCACCCCUCCAAUAAUAAUGAUUAAACCCGUUCCACCGCGCCUGUGCCGGGUCCCGGGCGAAGAGCAGCGCUAGCCGGCGCGGGGGAGGAGAGAGAGGAGGGCGAGGGGAGGGGACAAGAGAUCUAGCGGUCCCGCCCGGUGAUGUAGACAGCCCGGGGAGGUGGAGCCGCGACGCCUGAAGGAGUCCCCACCGCAAUCGCGCUUUCGGUCUACCCCUCCGAGCGUCCAGCCGCCAGCCCCAGCUCCGGCGACCUCCCUGCCGCCGCAGUUUGGGCGGCGGGGACUGCGGGAUCCUCCCUGCUCGGGCCUCGGUGGGGGGGGGGGGGCGCCUCCACCACGCCCAGCCCCCUCCCCUCCUGGCUUCCCGGACGGCUGGAGCUACUCCCGGGGGAAGCUGUUCCCGGACGCUCGGCCGCCGCCCGGGCAUCUCGGCUGCCAGCCCGGCUGGGCACCGGGCAUCUGCGAAGCCAGCCCUGCCUGGCACUGGGCAUCUCCGGGCACCGACUGGCUCCGGCGCCGCCCAGCUGCUCGCGACCCCCGGGGCCGCGGGCUUCUCCGCGCUCCCUCCCCUCCCCCCGGCCGCCGGGCAGGACGCCCGUGAGCUCCCGGUGCCCCCAGCCCCUUUGGCCGCCGCCGCCGCCGCCGCCGCGAUGCUGCCCUGGAGACGCAACAAAUUCGUGCUAGUGGAGGACGAGGCCAAGUGCAAGGCGAAGAGCCUGAGUCCGGGACUCGCCUACACGUCGCUGCUCUCCAGCUUCCUGCGCUCCUGCCCGGACCUGCUACCCGACUGGCCGCUGGAGCGCCUGGGCCGCGUGUUCCGCAGCCGGCGCCAGAAAGUGGAGCUCAACAAGGAGGACCCGACCUACACCGUGUGGUACCUGGGCAACGCCGUCACCCUGCACGCCAAGGGCGACGGCUGCACCGACGACGCCGUGGGCAAAAUCUGGGCGCGCUGCGGGCCGGGCGGGGGCACCAAGAUGAAGCUGACGCUGGGGCCGCACGGCAUCCGCAUGCAGCCGUGCGAGCGCAGCGCCGCGGGGGGCUCGGGGGGCUCCGGGGGCCGCCGGCCGGCGCACGCCUACCUGCUGCCGCGCAUCACCUACUGCACCGCGGACGGGCGCCACCCGCGCGUCUUCGCCUGGGUUUACCGCCACCAGGCGCGCCACAAGGCCGUGGUGCUGCGCUGCCACGCCGUGCUGCUGGCGCGGGCGCACAAGGCGCGCGCCCUGGCCCGCCUGCUCCGCCAGACCGCGCUGGCGGCCUUCAGCGACUUCAAGCGGCUGCAGCGCCAGAGCGACGCGCGCCACGUGCGCCAGCAGCACCUCCGUGCAGGGGGCGCCGCCGCCUCGGUGCCCCGCGCCCCGCUGCGCCGGCUGCUCAACGCCAAGUGCGCCUACCGGCCGCCGCCCGGCGAGCGCGGCCGUGGGGCCCCGCGCCUCAGCAGCAUCCAGGAAGAGGACGAGGAGGAGGAGGACGGAGACGCGGAGGAGCGCGAGCGGCCCGAGGUGCUCAGCCUGGCCCGGGAGCUGAGGACGUGCAGCCUGCGGGGCGCCCCGGCGCCGCCGCCGCCGCCGGCGCAGCCCCGCCGCUGGAAGGCGGGCCCC